ACUGCUGCGCCUGCGUCAGGUUGCGUCAUCCGCCUCAAUAACAAACCAGAAGAAGACACAGACACAGAGCUCGAAGAUGUCUGAGUACAGCGCCUCGCAGAAGAGUACCCUGAAGUUAAAGGGGAUAGGGAUCGUUUCAGCUGGAAAGAAGAAGAAGAAGAAGGAUAAAGAGAGUAAGCAUCGCCUGGAGCAGGUCGUGAGCAGUCAAAAGGAGAAAGAGGAGGAGGAGGUGAACAAGAAGACAUAUGUUGACAAAAGGACACCAGCGCAAAUUGCAUUUGAUAAGAUGCAAGAGAAGAGGCAAAUGGAGAGGAUUUUGAACAAAGCAUCAAAGACACACAAACUGAGAGUGGAGGAUUUCAACCGUCACCUGGACAACCUGACAGAACAUUACGAUAUCCCCAAGGUCAGCUGGACCAAGUAGAAGAGGAGCAACUUUUCAGUUUUUCUUGAACAAAACUCUUACGUGUCACAUUUUAUUUUCCACUUUUAUGUUUUUCCAAUAAAAUUUUAUUCAAUUGGCAUGUAGUCAUUCUGUUGUUGUAAUUCCUGAUGUAUAUAAUAAAGGAUUUGA